AUGGACGUGGACGUGGACGUGGACAUGGACGUGGACGUGGACGUGGACGUGGACGUGGACGUGGACGUGGACAUGGACGUGGACGUGGACGUAGACAUGGACGUGGACGUAGACGUAGACGUGGACGUGGACGUGGACGUGGACGUGGACGUGGACGUGGACGUGGAGGACGUGGACGUGGACGUGGACGUGGACGUGGAUGUGGAGAACUUGGACGUGGACAUGGACGUGAACGUGGACGUGGACGUGGAGGACUUGGACGUGGACAUGGACGUGGACGUGGAGUGGACGUGGACGUGGACGUGGACUGGACGUGGAGUGGACGUGGACGUGGACAUGGACGUGGACGUGGACGUGGACGUGGACGUGGAGGACGUGGACGUGGACGUGGACGUGGAGAACUUGGACGUGGACAUGGACGUGAACGUGGACGUGGACGUGAACGUGGAGGACUUGGACGUGGACAUGGACGUGGACGUGGACGUGGACAUGGACGUGGACGUGGACGUGGACGUGGACGUGGACGUGGACAUGGACGUGGACAUGGACGUGGACGUGGACAUGGACGUGGACGCGGACAUGGUCGUGGACGUGGACGUGGACGUGGACAUGGACGUGGACGUGGACAAGACGUGGACGUGA